UCAUUAUGUCAGUCAUUGUAUGAUUUUGCUACCUAUGGAAGGAAGCAAGAUAUUUUACUAUUCAAUUCCUAAUUUUUUAUUUCGUGGAUUGCAAUUUGUGUGCAUUGUAUUGUAUUGCUCUGCCGACUCUGAGGAAAUGUGACACGACUGUCCCGAUUUACCCCGCCUGUCCCUUAUUAUCCUGUUUGACAGUAUGACUAACUUUGUAUAAACAAACCAAUUUGCAUGAGCUGUCACUCCUGUUUGACAGCUGAAUAUAUGCUUAGGCAGAGGUCAUGUGUACAUUAUUGUUGACUCAUGCAGAUAUUGGUCUCCAGAUUUUGAUCCUUCACACAAAAAACAUAUAAGCUACUUCAUUCUUGUGCAGAUCAGUGCAUGACAAGUUCUUGUUUACAUAGCCCUUGAAGAAAAUGUACUAGAAAUAGAAGUCCAUAGUGGUUGAAAACAUUUCAUCCAUAAUUUUAUUCUAAAUUCCUGUCACAUGACAACUGCUCUAUUGCUGGCCCAAGAAUCUCCGACUCAAUGAUUAGUUCACUGCCUGGGCAUGAAAUUUGCACUCCAUACGGACCUAGAAAUUCUCUAGCAAGCCAUGGAGAAGCCAUCAUUUAGAGAAUAUCAAGCAGCCAAGCGUGCUGUCAAGGCAUGGGAGCGAGAGUAUCGCCUACAGAACAACGUGCGGCCUGAUCGCCGAGCGCUGUCGGCCGCGUCAUCAGAGGUGCAGGCAGCGUACAGCCUCUACUACAAACUCAGCAAAGCCUUCUCUUCCCGUGACCCUGACAGCAGCGCUCAAGACAUCGAUACUCGAGACCCUUCCACGGCUAACAAUGAUGCAUCCGUCACUAUCGAAAAUUCUUCAACAAACGCAGUUGUUGCCUGUACCAAAGCAUUCAAUGCUAACUCGCCAUUGACACGACAAGACACUCUGCCUGUAGAUAACAAUGGGAGCCUAUCCUGCAAUAGAUAUGGCAGCAUCUCGGAGCAGGAUCCUUGCUGCCUCAGUACUGCGACUGCUGUCACAGGAAGCAGAUCGGGUCAAAGUAGCUUAACCCACCCAAUUAAAAAAUUGGGACACAAUUCUCAUGGCCUAGCUUCGAUUCCCGCCACAAAAGCCAUUGAUGGAAAAGAUAAAUCAUCUAACGGCAACCUGCCUGCAUCUGAUGAGAAUUCACGCAAGUCCUCUACACCUUGUAGCUCUAAUGGAACCAAGAGUCCCGAUCAGGAUGUAGAUCAAACUGAUUCAGGUGGAGAACUUACGACAAAACCAGAAGUAUUUGGCAAAUUUCUUAACAAGCCUAAAGAAGUUCCUGCAAAGAUUGUUAAUCGAGCUCCUCUUUCUGACCUGUACUCGAAGCUUGCUCAAAACAUGCGUGACAGUAUUCUUUCAUCGCCUUCCAUGCCAUACGCUAAGUUAUCCUUAAAGAGAAAACCUUCGAAGACUAAAAAGCUCGAAAAUGAUUUAAAAAUAAACUAUGAUGAAGGUUCCGGUGUGGGUAAAAUUGAAUCAUUAAAUGACUCGAAUGUUUCGUCUGUAAGAAAAUCUGUUGUUAAAGACGUCUUGAAGAGACCUACAAGUCAGGAAAACGAGACUGGUGUGUCUUCGACUGAGAACUGUACGCUGUCUACGCUCUCUCAAAAGUCUGAUAAUGACGCUGAAAAUUCUGGUCACUUAUUCGAACCAAAUGCAUUCAAAAUUACAGCGGCUCCAAAGCGAAACACAGCUUUUGCGGUUUGUUUACUACCGGGUGCAGCUGUUAGUUCAAGCCGUUUGAAUGGUAAAAUUAACUCAGCCUGGGUGAAUAGAUGUGUUGGAUCUACAAAUGAAGAAGAAAAUGUAAUUUAUGACUUCAGUGAAGAUAUCACUCAAGUGUCAGUGCCAGAUCAUUUUUCAACAUCAUCAACGCCCGAUAAUAACAAAAAUGAAACUCAGUCAGCUUCUGGUGAAAGAUCCGCAAGUUUAUCUCGUUUUUCAGCUAACGAUAGCCAACAUCGCUCGUUCUCGCCCUACGAAACAAAUAAGUGCCAUGAAGUUAUGAACAAAAAUGACGGCAAAAUUGACGACCAGCCCGCACAAUUAUCAGUAAACCACGCCAGUGAACUCGAUGUGGAAGUUGAUGGUCUCACCAGUAGUUCCUCGCGUGCUAUUCAUGAACCUAACGAGUUGUCAGACGCAUCUUCACCAUUUGAGUUUCUUCCAGAAGCUUCCACCAACACUUCAGAAGAGCUGCCAAGCAUUCCUGCUCGGGGAUUAAAAAGGAAAGCGGCGGAUUCGCUUGAAGAACUUGAAGAAUCUGGAAAAAUCGUAUCAGUUUGGCCUGCCCCUAAGAAAAAACGACGCUCUCGUAUUAUCAAAAACAGCGUAGAAGAAAUCACACGACAUAAACUCACGAUAAAAGCUCAAAGACUUAAGGUCGAAUCUGUGGGUGGAAAAUGUAGUAGCCCCACUACCGUUCGAGGGCGUCGUCGAAAAAAAGAUAAUACAGGAGAAUCGCCGAGAAUAAUUUCUGACAGUGGAACGAAUAGUGAGAGAUUGGUGACCAGUUCCGUAGUUACUGAGAGGGUGUGCGACGAAGUUAUUGACGUACCCAACGAUGCUAGUGCAGCCGGUGAUGGAGUGGUUCCAGAGUAUGAUGAACUAAUAGAACUGGAGAAAACGAACACCUCAGUUCGCCGAAAGUUCCUUAAAAAAGAAGAUAAGCUCACAGACAAAGUGAAACGAGGAACACUAAAUGAAAAUUUUGUCAGAAUAGACCUCAAAAAGAAAACUUAUGCUCGCGGAAAGAAGAAUAUGACAGGUGGCAAGUUCCGGAGGAUGGAAUGGAAACGUAAGCAAGGUUUGAAGAGCUCUAAUGGCUCAGCGUCUUCAGGUGAAAGGAAGGCCAAGAAUCUGACUUGCUACAAAUGCGGCGACUUCGGUCAUUGGGCCGCUCGCUGUCCUGGCAAGAGCACUAAAAGUGACUAUACUGAUGUAUAUGAGCGCGGCAAUGUUGAUUUCCUCACACUUCAACAAGCCGAAGAAAUGGCCAGAGGCAUAAAAACAUCCCAAGCUAGCACAACUACUAAAUUAUUUUCACUCCCAUCGUCGUCUGUCAGCCAAGCUUUUAGUGACUCGAAACAAUGUAGUGACAAAAGUAUUUCUCUCUUUGAGAAAGAUACAAACUCUAAACCUCGUACAGAAAAGUCGAUAAAUGACACCGGAUGCGAAGACAAUAAUUUAGAUGAAGAAAAUAUAGAAUUGGAUGGAAGCGACGAUGAAGAUGCAACAAUACUUGACUCGAAGGACGAUCCAUAUGAGGAACUGGACGAUUCCUUAAAUGCUGAUGAUAUGGAUGACUUAGAAGCUAUGGCCCUUAGCCAAGAUGCAUCACAAAGCACGUCUUCAGUCGGAAAUUUGUCGCAAAAUGAAAAAUGUUUCAAGGCCCAUCACCGGAAGAUUGCCGAGCCUGUGUUGAGCAGCAGUGUUUCCGAGUGCCCUCGUGAAGUACGCGACACUCUACUGAUGUUCGGUCACUCCAGUUUCCGUCCUGGCCAAGAGACUGCGAUCCUGAGGAUAUUGCAAGGCAGGAGUACCUUGUUGGUGCUCUCCACUGGUUCUGGCAAGAGCCUGUGUUACCAAUUGCCUGCUUAUUUGUACGCUCAAAAGCAGACCUGUAUUACUUUGUGUGUCUCGCCCUUAGUGUCACUGAUGGAAGACCAGGUAACGGGCUUGCCUUCUUUCCUCCGAGCUGUAUGCCUCCACACAAAUCAGACUCCCCAGCAACGUACCAAGGCUCUCGAGGCGGUCAGAAGUGGUCAGGCUCACAUCCUGCUAGUUUCUCCGGAGGCUGUGGUGUCGAGUGGCGCCGGUGGCGUCCUAGGGACCCUCAUGAAAGACUUGCCACCCAUUGCGUUUGCCUGUGUUGACGAAGCUCAUUGCGUUUCACAAUGGUCACACAACUUUCGUCCUUCGUACCUGAGAGUUUGUAGUGUGCUACGCGACCUGCUGGGAGUUCGCACUAUUCUUGGUUUGACUGCAACAGCUCGAUACGAAACAACACUGAGCAUUGCACAACAUUUGCAAGUUGAGGAUAUAGACGAGGGUGUGAUUAGAGGGAGCAGCGUGCCUCCGAACCUGCUACUCUCGGUGUCGCGUGAUGCCAACAGGAAUGAAGCUCUGGUGCAGUUAUUGCACGGUGACCGUUUCUCUACCUGCGAGUCGAUCAUCGUGUAUUGCACUCGUCGCGACGAGUGCGAGCGCGUUGCGACUUUGCUGCGAUCUCAACUCCUCACGGCUGAUAGAAUUGAUGUUAAAGCUAACCUGAAGCGCAAUCGAGGAGUAUCUCUUGAUGCUGAAGCAUACCAUGCUGGAUUGUCAGCAUCUAGGCGCAGAAAUAUCCAAAACAAAUUCAUGUCUGGAAAACUACGCAUUGUGGUUGCCACCGUUGCAUUUGGCAUGGGAAUCGAUAAAUCUGACGUUCGUGCUAUUAUCCACUAUAAUAUGCCUAAGAACUUGGAAAGCUACGUGCAGGAGAUCGGACGAGCUGGUCGUGACGGCCUACCUUCACAAUGUCACUUGUUUUUGGAUUCUUCUGACGGCAGAGACGUUCAAGAAUUAAAACGUUUCAUAUUUGUCAACUCAGUGGAUCGUAUCACGGUGAGAAAACUCCUCGACAAGUUGUUCGUUCCGUGCAUUUGCACUAAAUUUCAAAAUUUGGAGCCUAUCGAAUCUUCCUCUCAGAGAAACGACAUGUCGUGCCCAAAGCAUGAAGUUGCUCUUCCGGUGGCAGAAUUGGUAGAAUUUUUAGAUUUACCAGAAGAAAAUAUUCUAACAUUAUUUUGUUACCUGGAAUUACGAGAGGACAACUUGAUUCAGCUGCUGCCGAGUGUGUAUAGCUCGUGUACUGUAAUAUGCUACGGUGGAGCUGCUCAGCUCUGCUCUGCCAGCAAAUUGUGUCCACCAUUGGCCGUCGCGAUAGCUAAAGAUAACCAACGAGGAAUUAGUCACCAGACGAGCAACACAAUUUCGUUUCCAGUGGUGCAAAUAGCCUCAGAAAUGGGCUGGAAUAGCGGGAUAGUGAAGCGGGAACUCAAGGCUCUGGAGUGGACUUCAUCCGCUGGUUCAGUGAGACCUUCCGGCGUUAAAGUGGAAUUUUCCGAUUUAGCUUUCCAUUUGAUGGUUAGAGGUAACCUGACAGAUGAUGAUCGUGACCGUAUACUAGAUGAGCUUCAUGCUCGAGCUACCCAGCAAGAAACCGACCAGUUGAAACAACUUCAGUACACGCACCAAACUCUUCGUGCGGCAUCCCACGCAUCCAUAUUGCUGUGCUGUGAUCAGGUGGACGAUAAGCGCUGCUCCAACCUGAAGGAUGCCAUCGGCCGCUACUUUGCGCCCAGCAGCUCAGAAUUGGAGAAAGUUGUCCUCGAGAAGGAACCUGAGCUCACGACGAGUGUAGAGGGGACAGUGAGACAGGAAGUGAGGUCUCUGUUGAGCACACACACCGACCACACUUGGACCGCACGCGCCGUGGCCCGCGUCUUACACGGCAUCCAGUCGCCCAACUUUCCCGCUAGCGUGUGGGGCCGCGUCAGGAGGAUUUGGCGCUCUCAGAUCAAUGUUCCUUUCAAGCACAUACUGACCAUUGCACAGCAGGAAAUUAUCAAGUGGAGGCGGCUUUAGUAAAUCUUGAUACGUUAUCGUUAAGAAUAAUUAUUUCAAAAUGUCACGCAUGCUUGUGACAUUAGAUUAUAUUCAUAUUUUUAAUACGUUGUAUCAGCCGAAACGAACGAUUUUGACCUGUCUUUUAACGGAAAUUUUAUGUUGCCACACCGACGUUUUCGAGGAUGCUGCAGCUUUAUGCGCCACUAAAUCUAUUCCUGUACACAUAAAUUAAUUUGCAACGUGGAUGAGAAUAUUUCAAUUUAUGUGAUGCUUGCACCAAUUGCUUGUAGCAUGCGUUUUCUUUAUUGUCUUCUCGAUUCUGAGCUGGUAUGUGUGGCUUGGUCUUAGAUUUUUAUGAAAGCUCUCCAUUGUUUAAGGAUGAUAUUAUUCGCGCGCUUUUUGAAAAAUCACUUUCAAAUUAAACACGCGUGUAUUAGGUUUUGACAUAGAAGGGUGAUUUAUUUGUAAUUUGAAAGUCUUUAGGCAGUUCAAAUGGCGUUGUGUUGAGGGUAUGCAAAAUCCCCGUCAGCGCGUCAAAAAUUUAUAUUUGGGGUUAGGUUUAUGCCAUAUCUAUAGUAUUAUAUGAUAUGCUUGUUUUUUCCCUUGAAGAAGUCAUUCGAUUUAUAACAUAUCGCUCCGCGUGCUUCGAUUUUCAUUCCUUUUUUGUCGUUGAAGUUGGUAAUGCUAUAACGCUACAUGCCUGGCUCUGAAAUAUGACAGCGUUUCACCCUCUGCCUUUCUUCUCCGUUAGGUGAAGCGAUCCGCAUUUAAAGGAUUAGUUGUCCUGAACCAGAUCUCGUGUUGGGUUACUGGAAAUAUAUGUAAAUUUUAAAUUGCUACAUCUAAAAUAAGAUCAUUUAGGCGAUAUUAGUUUCAUUCGCUGUCAACGCUCUCAAUGGAGUUCGUCUGUAUUCAUUCAAUCAGAAAGCUUUACCUAAAACUCUUCAGUUCACUGCAGCUUCAUAUUUCGUAUAGAUGUAAGUAGUACAAAGCUGAAUAAGUUAUAAAUUACUUUAAAUCUAAAUCAUUAUAAAAUUGUGUCUUGAUCUGAAUCUUAAUACCCAAAUAGAAUUCUAAAGAAAUCCUUAAUGAUACAAACUUUCAAAUAACGGGAUUUUAUUGUUAUUAAAUUACAGCACAAAGAAGAGUUCUAAAUAACAUUAUUUCAUAGUAUACACGUCUAUAAAAUAUAAAUGCUACGCAACAAACUCACAGAAGUGACUAAACGCCUACGUUUAAGCCAAGAGGAACCUAGAUUAUCUUGCACAGUUCGCGGUAUUU